AUGCCUUGUCAAACUAUUACUAGGCGUGUCGACGACAUUGGAAAACAUAUUGAGGAGAAUUUGAAAAAUCGAGCAUCUAAUUUCAUAUUUUAUACUCUAGCAUUGGAUAAAAGCACAUAUUUAACAGAUACCGUUCAAGUGGCGAUAUUUAUCAGGGGUGUUGAUGUCCAUUUCAACGCAAAAGAAGAAUUAUCCUUAGUGUGCUUAAGCACACUACCUGCUCACGAGAUUUCUUAG